AUGGAGCCAUGUCUUCGUCUGUGGGAAAGUAAUGAACGGACAGGAUUUUUCUGUGAAAGUGAUGAGCUUAUCAUCGCUAGUAGCGACAUCUACUGGUCAAAAACUGUUCCAAGAUCCUGGAGGCACGAUUCCAAACCUCGUGUUCAUACUGGGGAGAAACCGUAUUCUUGUAGUAUAUGUAAUAAGAAUUUUUCAGAAAGAGGUAAACUGACUAUACACAGUCGUGUUCAUACUGGGGAGAAACCGUAUUCUUGUAGUAUAUGUAAUAAGAAUUUUUCACAAAGAGGUAAACUGACUAUACACAAUCGUGUUCAUACUGUUAGGCAUACAGCCCUUCAUAGUUCAAUCUGCUGUGCAUGUGGCCCUUCACUCAAAAAGGUUGUGCACCCCUAUUGUAGUACAUGUAAUAAGAGUUUUUCAGUAAGAGUUCAUUUCACUAAACACAGUCGUGUUCAUACUGGCAAGAAACGUUAUGCUUGUGUAUAA